AAAGGGAUCAAAACACCAGUUCUUGGGCAACGUGCAAGAUGGACUGGUUGAUGCUCCUUCUUUCGCCCUUUGUCAUCGUAUUUAUUUACCCCGUAAUUUUUCUUAUUACAAUGUACGGAGGUGCCGUGUUUCUUCACGUCUACCGACACAGACGGCGCCAAAUUUACGAUGCAUACGCGGAUAAUUUUUGGGACGGCGGACAACAGACGAUUGCUGCGGUUUUUGACGCACACGGAACCCUUUGGCACGGUAAGUGAUUUGUUUUGUUUUGCUUUUGAUUUCGAAAACUAUAAAGCAUCACCUAUUAUCAUGAGUAAAAAACCAUGCAGAAUCAGCUAAAACUUGGGUAGACAUGUCAGUUACUUUUAAUCAUUUAGUUUGGCGCUAAAUGCGCGCUUCUUAGUUUUACGAUCGGGUUAUAAUUAAACCUCUGUAGGGUUUUUGUGUGUAAAAUUGUGCUGUAGUAGUGCUCUGUUUCUCCCGUCUUGUUGUAUUCGGUAUACUAAAUGAUUUUUUUAUUAAAUUUUUCCCUCUUACUACGUGUAAUGUUUUGUUUGAGGAUUUUGGCGUUUGACUGUUUUCAACGAACACAUCUGCAGCGUCCUUUCCCAAAACAUACAAACUUGUUUUGUGUGGAGAUCUUGAGGAAAAUCUUCCUUCCCGUUGAACUGGCUUUUUUCGCGCAGAAACCCAGUUCUAACGUCGACCGUGGUCAUGGCAUGAUAAAAUCCUACGCGGCUGCACUCCAACGUGUGUGACCUUGAAAUACAACAGGAAAUCCUCAGAUUUCUCCCUCGGGGAUCUAUGUUUUUUUUCAAAGCUAGACAAAUCAACGCAAACGGUGGAUGUGCUUGAGUAGUUUAUUCUCUGGUCUCUAGUACCCUUUUUCCGUGUGUGUGUCGGCUGAAUUGGAAGAGCAAACUGUCUCCAGAACCUCAUGAAAGCAACCGGAAAUUCAUGGUGACCCCCAUGAGUCUGUCUUUAACCAGAGUCUUUAACUAAGGAAGAUCGAAACUGUUCAAAAACUUCCGAACAUUAUUAUUUUUUAAUUAAAAAGUGAGGUGUUUAAUAGUCGGCCCUGCGAGGUGGUCCCUCUGUUAUUCUUGCUAUGUGUGAAUAUAACCAGUCAUGUUUAUUUAUUGCAUAAAGAUCAUGCAUUUUCUUUCUUUUACGGUACAAACAUACACAUGGUUUCAUUUCCAUUAGCCAGGUAUAAAACUAAAGCAGGGAUGUGAAAUAUAAAAAUAUUAUCAUCUGACUGUAGACAGUCUGGCUUCAGCUAGCCUGUGUACUGACUCCCCCUUCCCUCAAAAAGAAUUGGGGGGAGAGACCUCUUUGUCAUGCCGUCAUUAAUAUUUGCAUUCUGGUAUACAUUUUUAUAGGUAAUUUUUUUUGUUUUUCUCUGUCAGUUGAAAAGAUGUUGACAGACCAACACGACUCUUGUACAGCACAGUUCUCAGCCUUUGUAGCUGGGCUCUGACCAGAAUUUCCAGCUAAAAUAUCAUUUUCUCAGUCAUCUUUUCUUUAUAAUGAGUGUAUUGUGCUUUGGAGGAUACUUACACAUGUUCUCCCAUCUUACAUUGGGAGGUCAUAAAGCUUGUCCAUUUCCUGUGCAUCAAUUUCCUGUGGUUUUUGGUUUGACAGAAGUUUGAUCUCAGAAGCAAUGGUAUUUCCAAUCAAGCGUUUUUAAUGCAGGAUAUUGUCCAGUCAAUGAUUUUGAGUAGGUUGAAUGUAAAGAAUCAUUCACUUCUCUUCAGCAAGAAAUUAGAGCUAUUCUUUUCUCUAAUUUUAUGAGUCAUGAUGCACACAUGUAUGCCCAAAAAUUAACUUCCAUGCAAUGUCCAUGCUGAAAUCCAGUUAUGUAAGAUCCCUGAUUAAGCCCGCAUCCAAGUUCUCUUUUAUUUACAAUAGCAACCUGCAGAGAAAACAUGCAGUCGCAACUGGUGCGGCAAACGGUUGUGAUAUCUUUUAGCUUUACAUACUUAUUUCCAGAAUGCCUAAAAAUAAGUAAAUGUAUAAAUGUUUUGGUAAGCUGUCAUUCGCCAAUCACAACACCACAAUUUACUUACGUCACGGCACUAACAAAGCAGCCAAUCAGAGGCUUUCCCCCACAUUCUGGGAAUCAAGAACACUAUUUACAGUGGUGUGACACAGACAUCUCUCUCUCUUUAGGGGAGGCAGCAUCUGUACACAGGCUACUUUCAGGUCACUCAAAUCCCUUCUUUUUCAAAUGAAUGGUGUUGACCCCAGAGAUACUCCAGGGAGGGGUAUAUAAAAUUAGUUGGCGGGGAAUUCAACAGCCAGGAAUAUAUAAUUCUGUUUUAUUUUCCUUUUGAUUUCUUGGACAGUAACUGGGGGUCAUGCUCAUACAUUUACACGGAGACGUUCCUAAUCCCAGGGCAUUAGUUACAGCCCUGAAGGGGUUUACAUCUGAUUAUAGGUUUCAUCAUCCCAAAAUACUCAAAGGACUACUUUCAUAACUCUUUUAUUAAUUCUUUGUCAGGCUAUGAACUGAUUGGAAUUGAAAAGCUGCCAGCUGAAGGUCCUGCAUUACUGAUAUAUUAUCAUGGAGCAUUACCACUGGAUAUGUACUAUAUUCUCGCUAGGCUUAUACUUUGUAAAAAGAGGAGGGUGCGAAAUGUGGCUGCCACAUUUCUCUUUCAAAUACCAGGUUUGACAUUUUUAGAUAGAGAAUUUGUUACUUUUGUUUGGAUUAAUAUUAUUACUUAAUAACUCUAACUUUAAGAUAUAUAUUUAGGGCUUGAAGAACACUGCAAAAGUAGUUAUCCCUAUAGACAGCAUACCUGCGGGGUUCAAAAAAACCAUCCUUUUAGAUCAAAUCAUUUGAUAAAUACCUUAUGUUAUGUUUUGCUGAGUGUAAUGUAUUAUUAUUAUUAUUAUUAUUAUUAUUCAGUUGCUGUUAUUAAAUACAGGACUGGUAUAUCAUUUCUGUAAGAUAAAUUUUGUUUUCUUAAGUGGAAAAAGUUAUUUGUAAUGCUGCAAUAAUAAGUUAUUAUUUUUUGGAUCUACGUUAUGAAAAAAGAAACUUAUUAAUUGUUAUGUUUUCUAAGUCUGACAUUAAUGACAAUAAUGACAAUAACAGGUUUCUCAAUAAAAGCCAGCGGCCGGUGAAAUUCGCUGGCUAUUUCAUAUGAACUCACUGCCUACUUUUCUUUGGAAAUUACCCCCCAAAAAGCCACAAUUUAUUGAUAUUUGUGUUCUGUUUAAACACUCCAAUUUUUUGCACCAUAAUGCUGGAAAAAUUAUGCACUCUAAUAAGAGGCCCAGAUUUCAAAUUUUUUCCAGGGGGACCCCCCUAGUAACUUGCGCUUUCAGCGCACGCAAGUUGCACCUGUGGUGCGAGUUUUUUCCUUCUCCCCCCGCUCUAAAGCUUUUACCACCAACUUAAAACCUUUUUGAACCUUUCAGUAAAUCCAAAAAUAGAUUUUAAAUCUUAAAACAGAUUUUCGCAUUCCUGUCAGCAAUUAAUCCAAAAUAUCUGGCUUUUUUAUCUGAUGAAUCCUUUUCCAAAUAGGAUUCAUUGGAUUUGCAAGCAACCCUUGCAGGAACUCAACUGCCCGUCUUGACAGUACAAAACUGAGGAGCCAUUUUAGGUUUCUCUGAAAGGAACACACCUAAAAGUGCAUCUAUUUUUGUUUCUUUGUUCUUUGGAACUCUUUCAUUAUUAGACAGUGUAAGUUAUAAAUGCACCUGGCCAAUGUGAAUUAAAUUAGUCAGUAGUCUUGUCAUGAAACUUUUUUAUGCAGGCACAGCAUGUUAAUGCUCAAGUAUUUUUAGUAACUAGUACUGGUAUGCAUUUUUUGUGGCGGGGGUAGGCAUAAUGGAUAUCAUGACCUGUGACAUAAAGACUGCUCACUUUUGACAUGUGUUACAGGUUUUUCUCCUGGCAGCCCUGUUGGCAACUAAAUGAAGAAUUUAAUAUAUAUUCUUAUCAGGCAAAUGCCUCAUAGAUCACCAAAUGUCAUGAAUUAACACUAAGUGACCAAAUUGUGAGCAACAGUGCAGCUGUAAUUUAAUGUUUUUCCUUGUUGACCUAGUCUUUUUAUUUCCUUUCAUGUCAUGAUUUUAAUAUCAUUAACAAUUGAAAAAUUAAGUUAUUUAAUAUGUAGAGUUUGUUUCUCUUUUCCAGUAAUCUGCAAUACAAUGUACUUUUUAUGUUAAGGUAUUCAGCUGCUUCUAGAAGUUUGUGGUGCUGUUGAAGGACGUUCCAGAGAGCAGUGUGUACAGAUUCUUAAGGUCAGUCAUUCAUGACAUGUAUUAUUUUAAAUCACCAUUAUACACAUAGUAUAGUAGGGACCAGCAGUUGCUCCUUUUUGGUGCUACAUUCAAUCUCAUCAAUUUCCAGUGGAAUACAUUAAUGUUGAUGAUGUCAUAGCCUUUUGGGUUUAUCUUAUGAAUAAAAAUGUGAAGGAAUCUCACAAGGUCAUGAGCUAUUCUUAGGUGAUUUACCAGUUGACAAUUUUUUAGUUAUUUUUAGGUCAAUGUAAUAUUCAUUGGUUGAUUCAUGUUUUCAAAGGAAUAAGCACAUUCCACUGAUAAGAAGGAAGCAACUGGUCCCUACUAUACUACUGAUACAGAAGAAAAUUUGCUUGUCAACUAAUACAUAAUUAUUUACAAUAAUUGCUGAGUAAACAUUGUUUUUCUGUAAUAGAUUAAGUACAUAUUUGUAAGUGGAACUCAAACUGCUACAACUACUGCACUGCAAUAUUGUUCUCUUGCCUUUGAAUGUUGAUUGUGGGUGAGGUGGAGGGAGCCAAAUGCUCUCACCACUGCAUCACUCUAACUCUUUAGCCGGCCUGUACAUAAACCAUUACUGCCACAAUGUUUCUACUACAUCUGCAACAUUGGACAAUAUGAUGACCAGUUUAUUUCUGACCAGAAGAGAAUUUUAUCAAUACCCUGUUUUUAUUUCAAAAAAACAAAAAAAACAAAAAAUGUAAACUUUAAAAUGUCUCCCAGCACAGACUAAAAUAGGGAUGUUUUCAGAAUGGGGAACUGUUGGCCAUUUCACCAGGAGGAGUUAGGGAAGCCUUAUUUUCUGAUGAGUAUUACACAAUGAUUUGGAAUGGUAGGCGAGGAUUUGCCAAGGUUGCACUUGAAGCCAAAGUGGUGAGUUAGUAACUUCAAAAGUAUUUACCAACAGUACUUAAUGAAUGAGUAUAGGAUUGGUGUCAUUGAGCAUAGGAUCCUAUCAAUGAUUUUCCUUGCAAAUUUAAUAUUGUUAUAUUGAAAUUUGUAUAUUCACUUUCAAAGUGUCCUGGAAGCAUGCAGUUUUUUCAAGUACUGUAAGUACACCCGUACCAUAUCAGGAAAACCAAAUCAGUUACUUAAUGUGAAAUGCUAUCUCAUUGUGCAUGCAGAUCUGAAUCAUUGUUUGUGUAUUGUGGUAACUUUCCAGUCAAGAGCAUUCAAAAGCAAUGAAUAUUAUUAAACUUUUAAAUUAAAGUUAACUCCCACCCGGUAAGCUCAACAAAUUGGAUAGGCUGCUGGCUCGAACUCUGGCCAGACUAACACUCGAGGUCUUUCAAUAAAGUGCUGCCUUUGUAAUGACAUCUGCAAAUCAGGGCUGUGCUCUAGCAGAGCCCAGUGGCCCCUGGCGCCUAACUUUUGCCCUCGGGCGACCAGAAAAUCUCAGAUUUUUCAUACAAAUCAUAUGCUGGGCACCCUAGAUUUUACAGUUUCAGAGCACUGGGCUCCCUUCAAUUUCCCUUAGAGCACAGCCUUGCAAAUGGUUUAAAACUGGGCUUAAUAAUUGUUUUCCUCAAAUGGGUGAAAGGAGGUUCUUAUUUAACUAGUGGAAGGAGGCAUACUUUAAUAAUUUUUUGUCAUUUUGAAAACUUUUGUUUAUAAGCAGGAGUAAAAUGGCCUGAAAUGGCUGUCAAGUAGACAAGGAACUAUAUAACUUGUCUUUUUAUGUUCUUUGUUUCAGCCCAUUUAUCCAAUUUAUACUCAAAAUGUCAGAGAAGCAAUUCGUUCGGUUCAAAUAGGAAGAAGUAAGUCAAAUGGCUUCCAUCAGUUUUUCUCCUAUACUGGGACAGUUGCUGUAAUUUGAGAUUGACGGUCAGUUACACUCAAAUUUCAUGCAUCCAGUCCUUUAGUGUGGGGUUAAUUGACAUGUACAUGAAAAGGCGGAAGAUGUAGCUGAUUGUGUAUACUUUUUAAGCUGCCCAAAACUUGACAAGUCACUUCAGAGUUGCAACAGUUUGUUGCAGGGACUGAGCCCUUACUGUAUGGUAUUAACCACACAUUAACUUUUAAUUUGCUUUAACAGUCCCAAUAACCAAAGCCUGAAGUUGCUGGUAUUUUCUUCCUGUAAAUGUUUUGACUUAGAAAAUAUGUCUUGUUUGCAGAGUGGUUUCGUAAAUUGUAUGAAUGGACAAAAUUACCUUUAGUACCACUGUAUGGAGGAUUUCCAGUUAAAUUAAGGUAGAAUUUAUUGUUUUGCUGUGUUUAUGUAGAUGAUCCUGUACAUGCCUCUCAAAGAAAAGUGUGGGGAGGAACUGGGCAAUUAAAGUUAUCAGAAAUCACAUUUAAGCCCAUACAGUCUGUAUCAGUCCAGUGGAAUGUAAUACCUCUCUUUUUGUCUGCUUGAGUCAUUGUAAGCUCUAAGAAUGAACACCUCAAAGAAACUGUUCAUAAAUAUUCCGACGUUAUUAGCUUAAUCCCCAUGUGUUAAGUAAUUAAGCAGGAACUCUUAACACAUAACAGGGUACCUUGCUGUGGUCACCUGCAGAGAGAUAAUUUCUUCUUAUUUUGAGAUCUUUUAGAAAAUGUACAAAAACCUUUAAAUUUAAAAUUUUCUCGAUGAUGUUGCUUGAUAUCAGUCAAAUUUCUUAAACCUGCAACAUUCAGCUGUCAAGCCAAAAGUAGUGGCAUUUAAGAUUUUAUACCUGAACAGUUUGUAGAAAAAGAAGGAGUUACAAAAGUUGUUUUGUUUGUCUAUCAACCUAAGUAAUGCAAUUUAUGCCAUUGAUCUUUUUAGGACUUUUAUAGGAGAGCCCAUUUUGUAUGAUCCAAAACUGUCAUGUGAUGAGCUAGCUGGAAAAGUAAGCAGUGUUUUGAACUUUGUAUGAGUAAUAAUAAGAGUGAUAAACAAAACCUGUGGUAACUCUCAAUACUAUUGUUAUAUAACGGCAGAAGCAUAUAACCCUGAAGAGGGUUAUAGUCUUAAUUUGCGAUAAUGGUCAAGGGAUUGGGAAGUUGGAGAAGGGGUAGGAAUAGAUACAUAAAAAAUCCCGUUUUAAAGCUCCCCAGUUAUGAUUUACAAACUUUUACAACUGGAAAGAGACCAUCUUUUUUACAUGUAAUAGAUAUUAAGCUCUCAGACUAACUUACCAACUGGGAUAUUAGGUUUCUGUAAGGGAUAGCUGGGAUGGAGCAGUUUAAAUAGGUUUUUCCUUUAGGGAGAAAGGGUGGCGCGGUGUUGAGAGCGUUCCACUCCCACAAAUGUGGCCUCUGUUCAUGUCCCGGCAUCAACGGCAGAUGUGAGUUGAGUUUGUUGCUGGUUCUCUCCCUUGCUUCGAGAGGUUUUCCUCUUGGUACUCCGGUUUUCCCUUCAAAAACCAACUCAAAAUCCAGUUCAAUCAGGAAUGGUAGACCAAGAACCACUCUGUGGAUGUGCUACCUUCAAAUCGUUUUUAUUUAUUUAUUUUUCAAAAUUUACGUUGGGAACCUCAAUUUUUUUUCCUUGUCACUCACCUUCAUUACGUUUUAAUUACAUCAUCUGCUACAUAUCCAUAUACUAUAAUGUCAGGAGAUUCAAGCAACCUCUGUAGAGCUUUCCUAAGAAGAUUCCCAUGGUUUAGUUAUCUAAUCUAAUUAUAUGGAUUGGGUUUAAUUAGUUACCUUAGUGUUGGGCCAUCUUUAUGCUGGUGCUUAACUCUCGCCUUGACAAAAGUGCAGGUUUCUAUCCCAUGUUCCUUCUUGGGUUCAGUUUGUUGUUGCUUCGAUUGCCCCUUCCCCAAGGGCCUUUUUAAGGUUCUCCAGUUUUCCUCCACAAAAAACAGUGAUUAUUUCAAAAUGUCAAUUUUUUAUUCAAGGUACUGUUGAAAAUUAAAAUUUCUAUUUAGUGUAACAAUGUAUGGUGUUUUACAUGGGGCUAUGGUUUGUCAGCCCACAGAGAGUGAUCAGUGCUAUCUGGAUAAGUGAAUUUUGUACCUCUCAGUGAUUGGUCAACUUUGCCGGCCGUACUGACUACUUACUGUGCAGCCUGCUAAAUUUGAAAGUUGUAAUAAAUAUGAUAUAUAUCUCACGAAACUAGUUUGUCGGUCCGUACUAUGUACUUAUUGUGAGUUACGAAUCCCUGUUUUGUUUGUUUUUUUUUUUUGUCUUCUGCAGUUUGUGCUUCGGCCAUAAAUUAACUGGAAAACGUCGGUCUGCCAGUACUUAUUUUUAACUGAUUUGCAGGUUCAAAGGGAUAUUCAAAAAAUGAUAGAGGCACACCAACAGUUACCUGGGAGUAUUAUCAGUGCCCUGCAAGCGAGAUGGAAAUCAUCUAAACAGCAGUAAACCAGCCUUUAGGUUCAAAGUUUUUAAAUUAAAAUCUAUCCGUUUGAAUUUCUUCAUGGUGUUUCGAAAGAGCCAUGUACUGUGGACAUGGACUGACGAAACUGCCAUAAUAUUUUUGUUGAAUGGAUUUUCAGCCAGUAUCUUUUAAAUGUGUGAGAAAUUUAAGGCUUGAAGGAAUAACAAGUCUACAAUUGUGUACACGUGUGAAAUAACGUUAUUGGAACACGUACCUUUUGUUUACCAACAUUUAGAACAUUCCACCGUUUGAUUUAAGUUUAAUAUCAACCAGUUCAGCAAAUUAUUUCUGAAUCCUGGGGGGUUUAAUGAAAUAACAAUAUUUUUCUAUUUAAUAGAGCCUAAACCAAUUGUAGAAUUGAACACGUUUUAGGCACGUCUACCGA